AUGCUAGCGCAAUUGGCUAUCGUCGCAUACAUUGUAACGUUGGUUUCAGUCGAGAAAGUCGCUGCGUUAGAGUGUUAUUCUUGUGCUAUAUGUUCAAGUCCAUUAGACCCAAAAACUGAAACGAAGGUUUCUGGUUGUAAAGCGUGUUCGACUACGAAGAAUUACGUGGCUGGGACCGUAGCCUCAAUCGUCAGAAGUUGCGAAACUACGUGCACCCCGACCCGCAAGAUUGUCCUCGGAGCUGGGUUGGUCACAACAUGCUGCCAGACAGACUUGUGUAACACUGAUGCUGCAGUUUAG